UAACGAACAAGAGAGCAGCUUCUUCCCGUUGGUUAAUUUUACUCGCUUAAUUCAGUUUCUCACGCUCUGCUUGGAUCGAUAUCCACAAAGCUACAGCACCACAGAUCUUGAACACUUAGUACUGUUGUUGUUUUGUAUUUCUCUUGAUACACGUCUGGAGAUAUGCCAACAUGAUCUUAAGACAUGUCUUCAAGCUAUGUAUAGUGCAGUAGAGCCGAGUCACUGGAUCGAAGAGGUUAGUACUUUGUAGUUUCAUAAUCAAACUGCUAGAGCAUGCAUAUAGAAUUUCCAUUGUAGAGCGGCCAACAUUAUCCUCAUUAUGUGUUCUACUCAUCUUAUGCUCUGCGCUUAGUGUCAGGGUCGUGCUUUGCGGGCUUUUGUUAUUGUUUACAUUUUACUCAAAUACAACAAAUAGCGAUAAAAUACCUUGUUUGCUACAUUUCUGAUAAAAAUCACACAAAAAGAGCAAGGAUUAUAAAAGGAAGGUUUAAAUAUAUGAUGGAUUGUAAAAACUUUCCAGAUCAUCUAAUCUAUUCGUCCCGAAAAAUGGCCGCCAGUAGGGGUUUGAACCCGCGAAUUCCCGGUGUGACACUAAUCUUUAAGACGACACAAAGCCCUACAUAAUAACCCAACUUGUGUCCUUCUAAAAAUCAAAGUUGUUGACCAGAACCGCCGAGAGGUUGUGUGGGGGUGCUGAGCCAAAUGUUCCCAGGGGGAAGCGGUGUUUUACAUAUUAUCUGCCACUAACACAUGCAGCUAGGAUUUAUAUUUAACAAUUAUUCGCCGAAGGCGAGAUGAUUAUAGGUGAAUAAAAACCGAGACGAAGUCGAGGUUUUUAUUUACAAUAAUCACCGAGCCUGAGGUGAAUAACUGUUUUAGUAUAAUUUCAUAGGUGAUUAUUUGGAAAAAAAUACACAUUUCUUCGUCAUUUAAUUGACAAAAAGGCUUCGGGCGCCAUUUUGAAAAUCGCUUAGGUGAUUAUCGCGUAAUAAUCACCUCAACGGCAACCAAUCAGCGUGGAGAAUUUUCAAUAAUCACCUAUGUAAUUAUACUAAUCUCAGUUAAGCAAUCUUGUGUUCAGAAAUAGCAAUGGCCGUUUCCGUACGGCUUGGGCCCGGGACAAAGUGCUCCCCUCCCUUCUCGGUGGAGGUUUUGACCCUUCACUUUUUUACCAAUAAAAGCAAAGCCUUAAAUUAUCAAAACGUCAAUAAAAUUUCGAUUAUUUGGAACUUUUGAACUCCCACUAGCAUUUCAUUUCCGAAGCAAGCUAGCAAUUUCCGAUCCGGCGAUUUUCUGGCCACCAAUCAGAAACGUUUGAAAUUGAAAUUGAAAUUUCAUUAGAAAGAAUGAAUAAAACUUUUUCAUGAUUUGGCAUGCUCAAUCAAUCAAUCAAUCGGGUUAUUGAGCACUUGAGAAGUUGGGAGAGCACUGAAAACUAUAUUGCUCAUUUUCGUGCUCUCCCAACUUCCCGCGUGCUCAAUAGUGAGCUUGAGCAAGCGACGUGUUUGUCAACACGGACGCUACCCGACAAUUGACCAUUUGCGUAAUAGACUAAAUUUUGAACUAAACAAGUCCAGACAAAAAUUUCAUCACAGCUUGAAGGAGCAUCACAAAAUUAGUAAUAUUCCAAAGUUUCGUUGCAAAAUGUUGUAAAAUGCGGAAACUAUAGCCUUGCGAAAUUUGCGAUUUUCAGUCAUUUUAGAUUACAAACGGGAAAUUGACAGCCCCAAACCCUUCGAGGCUGUCAAUUUCCGGUUUGUAAUCUAAAAUGACUGAAAAUUGCAAAUUUCGCAAGGCUAUAUUUUCCGCAUUUUACAACAUUUUGCAACGAAGCUUUGGAAUAUUACUAAUUUUGUGAUGCUCUUUCAAGCUGUGAUGAAAUUUUUGUUGAGAUCAAAAUUUAGUCUAUUACGCAAAUGGACAAUUGGUAUAACUAAUGGAUGAUUCCAGCUUUAGACUAAGUUUUGAUCUAGGCCUGAUUUUGAUCUUGUAACAUUCUCUUUAUAUCACGACUGUAUCAGACUUCUCAGAACAACCUUGUAACAAGUCUGAUAAUGCCAUCGAGCUUUUUACAAGUUGUUAACAGCUUGUUCCACACUUGCUACAACAACUAUGUACUGUAAGAACAAGCAGUGCGAACAAAACUUGUCGACAGCUUGUGAACAGAUUUGUAAAUAACUUAUUGUUUGCAGACCUGGAAUAACUUUUGCCUUUUUACGUGUGUCCAAAAUGGCACAUUUUGCUUAAUUACCUGGUUUAAUAUUUUCCCAAUGAAUGUUGACAUGGUUAUGUCUAUCGGGUCGACUUUGCUCGUGGAAAAAUCCUACAAAAUAGUAAACAAUAUCCAAGGUAUAUAAACUAAACCCUUUGAAUUUUAAAAACCAUAGAUGAUCAGAAGAACAAAAUCCAUCAUGCACCACAGCUAUAAGAGAUGUCAAAAUUAGUAAAAUUGCAAAGUUUGGUUGCGAAAUGUUGUAAAAUACGGAAAGUAUAGCCCCAGGAAAUUUUCAAAUUUUGUAUUAAGGCCCAGACACACUGGACGCGAUUCGACAACGCGACCCGAUUUUUCGAUUUUCACUGACCGAUAACUUCCUGAUCCUAGCUUUGAUCCGAUAACUUUGAUCCUAGCUACGGGUGUACAUAUCCCUUAAGGAAAUGUCAUAAAUUUCUAGUCCCUAAGUUUCGAGCAGAACGUUUUAAGAACUCCUUCAUUAUAUGUAAUAGUAUAAGUGUAUAAAUUCUUAACUUUAUUUCGUGUCAAUUAUAGCCUAUAGUUUUUAUUGUAAAUAUAGUUGGUUCUUUGCAUGAAAUAAUUCAAUUGUAAAUACUCGUAAGCAAUUUAGUUAUACCAACUGUAAUUUACGAUUUGAUUAAACCUGUUCCAUCUAUCUAUCUAGUUUAAAUUUUCCCAAUAUUUAGAAACGCUAUAACAUUUUGAGUUAUUUGGUAUACAUAUCUUUCAAAAUUUGCUCUCAUUGGCUGUUUUAUUAACUUUCAAAAACUAAAGAAACGCGUCGCGUUGUCGAAUCGCGUCCGGUGUGUCUGGACCUUAACGCACGGGAAAAUGCACCACUUUCGGCCCAAAUGUGGUGCAUUUUCCCGCUCGUAAUACAAAUUAAUACAAAAUUUGCAAAUUUCGUAGGGCUAUAUUUUCCGCAUUUUUUAACAUAUCCCAACCACACUUUGCAAUUUUACUAAUUUUGGCAUGCUCUUUCUAGCAGUUGUGAUGGAUUUUGUUUUUUCUGCCUAGAUCAAAAUUUAGUCUAAUAGCUGGAAUUGCCUAUUGUGUAUGCAUAUAACUAAUUUUGCAUCAUAGCGCCCGUGCAAGGAAGCAAAAAAUUUUUAAAAAUCUUAUGCUUUGUCAUAUGUGUAUCCGUAAGUUUACCACAAACUGACAGAAGCACAGUUUUUAAUUCAGUCCCUCCUCGGUAAUCUGACGUCCGUGUUGUCAAAAACCUCGCUUGCUUAAGUUCCCUAAUAACUUGAUUGAGCGCGCCAAAUCAUUUAGCGAUUCCGAAGUUGAUGAGUGGACUGGGCACGAGUGUUAAAAAGUGGCCAAAUUAAAAAAAUGGACCAAAUUACUAAAAAGACCAGCUCAAAAUUAGUAAGUAUACAAAGUUUGAAGACGUUUACAUGAAUACCCUUCGAAUAAUAAGCUUUCGAAAAUUGUGAAAUUACAGUACAUUUCAUAGUAAAUAUCACGAUUUUCGAAAGCUUAUUAUUCGAAGGGUAUUUAUGUAAAUGUCUUCAAACUUUGUAUACUUUGAGGUUGUGGUCUUUUUAGUGAUUUGGUUCAUUUCUUAAUUUGGGCACUUUUUAACAUUCGUCUCCAGUCUUCUCAUCAACUUCGGAAUGGCUAAUUUAAAGACAAUGAAAAUAUAAUGCUUGUUUUAUCCAAAUCGUUGGGGAAACCAUCCUAUUAUUAGUAAAUCUCUGGUUUCUUCAUGACAGGCAAUAAAGAUCUCAUCUGUUACCUAUCGUAUUGAAACUCAUCAUCGCAAUACACUUCGUAUUGUUCAACUACAGCCUUCAUCAAACAGAGGACGUGAUGUGAAAAGGCUGGCAGCGUUACAAACGCUAACUUCACUUUUUGUGAACAACACUGUCACUGAUGUUAGAAGUUUUAUACAAUCAGAUCCUGAUGUAAACCAAGAUAAGGAGAUAACUAACGCCUUAGAGGUAAAUUUUUAUUUUCCUAUUUGUUAUAAAUCACUUACGCGACAGAAUUUAUUGAAUUGAUUUGUUUUAACUUUUAACAACUGAAAUUAUAGCCUUCUAUCUUUCCUUACAUCAUUAUUUGUAAAUUACAUUUGCACUUUGCUAACAUACGACACCUCUGGACGUGGGAAUUUAGGUCAAGUCCUGUACGAGUCCACCAGUUAAAUUUUCUCGUUGAUAUACCCAUUGCUUCGUUAAGUCCCGUUUACACGGGCGAUUUUUGCCGCGAUUUUAGGUGCGAUCUUCUCCCUUUGGAGGAUGUGAAGGAGCGGAUGAGUUAUAAAUGUUCCAGGUUAUGAAGUCUCAUAACAACAUCAUUAAGUAAUCUUCUCCUUCACAUUCUCCAAAAGGAGAAAAUCGCAACUAAAAUCGCAGCAAAAAUCGCCCGUGUAAACGGACGUUUAGCACAAAUUGCCCUGUCAGUACGCGCUUCAAGCUUACUAGUCUCCAAAGGUCUUUUUCGCGACAAAAAUAUAUUUGCCAAUAUGGAAACACUACGUGAUUUGGUUUUGCGACAAAAUUCGACGUGACGUGUUAGUAGUAACUCAUUGACCAGGCGAGAGAAGUGGAGAUCACAUGAUUUAUAUCUUACGACCUUUUAAUUAUUGACCAAUGCUUUUUCGAUCGAUGUAUAGAAAAAUAUCUAUUUACGGAAUUCAGUACUUUAAAUUAAGUGUUCCAUUUAUUUUAUUCGGGCACAUGCAUGCACUGCAUGUAAUGUAGCGGCUUAUACUGCUUUGCACUGUAUGUUUUAAACUUGAAAUUGAAUAUGAUCUGUUUGCCACCAGCAUGUUACUUUGAUUACAUCGUGACUUCUGCAAAAAUGCAUUAGUGCCUAUGGAUUGUGGAAAUAUGAUUAUACUUUAUCAUUUUGGACUUGGACUCGAAAUAUUUAAGACUCGGAAUCGAAAAUUUUGGACUUGAAUUUUUGCUAAGGGACUUGGACUCGUACUCGGACUUGAAUGUAUUGGACUCGGAGUUUGACUUGGACUCGUAAGUUGUGGACUUGACUACAACACUGGCAUGCUCUUGACUGUUAUUUGAUCAAAUUUAACCAAAGUGAGUUAUCCACCAUCUUGGAUUAUGCAGGAACUGAUAUAAGAUCUGAAUAUUUAUUGUUGUUCAUUUUUAGAUGUUCAGAAGGUUAGAAACAUUGCUACAUGCAGUAAAUGUGAACGAUGAUACGGACUAUUAUCAACUGUACACAAUGAUCGAAUUGCUGGAUAUAGUUGUGGGUGCAGAACACUUGCAACCCCGAGAAAAGGUAUAUGCAGACUGGCUCCAUUUUCUUUCCAUAACAGUCAGUUCUAUCGAGUGAGAUACCAACUUGAGCUUGUGGUUAAUGCUUGGCAACUGGAUUCUAGUUCAGUGGCAAGAGACCCUGAAUCACAGGGCCGAGUUCGAUUCCAGCCGGGGGUUGACGGCUACAUUUUUCGCAGAUGUUCCUGCUCACUCGAGUUUUCCAUCUGCAAAAACCCUUCAACAUACAGUAUAUGGAUGUUUCCCUUCCCAAACGCCAUUUGAUUAAUGCCUUAAUCUACAAAUUAGACUAAUCACCACAACUGAAGAAUUUGCAUGCUCGUCGACGAAAUUUAUGUUUCCUAGCCUAUAGUAAUUAUUUUUCAAUCGAGAUAAUAGAUAUAGUACUACCCAUUUCCUGAUUAAAUUCUGUAUUUAGUCAUGUCACAUUGAGCUAAUUGAUGACUUAUUUUCCAGGUUAUCGUAGAGAGAAUUACUAAGAAACUCAGAUCACUUAAUAGUGAAAUUAGAGAUCCAAGAGCGAUGUUCAUAAGUCGUACGAAGGUAGCUAUGUGGAAUGUUUAUGGUUCGAGCAAAGUUUAAAGGGUUGUGCUAGAAACAUCUGAAAAUCCUAGUGCUUUAUGGAUUAAACAAAUGUAUUCUGUCUGUUGUAGGUCAAAGAUCUUAUGUUACGAACAAUUGCUAAGUUUGAUUAUAUGCUACAAGGGAAGAAAAUAAUUGAACCACAGGUUCGUGUGUAAUGCGUCUCUACAUCCGAUUUUAUACAUAGUAUUAUACAGUGAUACCAUGAAACAAAGUUCAUCUUCUAGUGUUGAAGAUUAUAUUUUGCUUAUUAGCAAACUGAAUGGUAUAGAUCCUUUGCAUGAUGACGUCAUUUCACGAAAACUAUCAGAAUUAUAGCGCGUAUGGAGUAAUAACCUGGAAACAAAUACAAUUAUGGUGUUGUAAUUAAAAAUAUGGAAAUGUUUAGUUUUAACCACACACCGCUCGUGACCAGUCACAUAAUUGCUGUUUAUUCCAAAACGAUGCGAUGUUGAAAAUUAAAAUUUCCAUAUUCGACUGAAAACGCCAUAUUGUUACUUCAUUACUCAAAAAGUACUUUGGUUCUGGUGCUUUAAGAAGAAAAUAAUUUUUAGUUUUAUGACGUCAUCAUGAAAGGCGUCUUAUAAUAUGAACAUGCAGGAAUCAAUUUUCCAUAUAGAAAUGCGAAUAGAUACAUAAUGCAUUUGAACAUUCCUACAUGUAAAUGUACCUAGAGCAUUGUAUCAUACUUUUUUGCCCUCGUGGCAAGCUCUUUACGGCUCAUAAGCCCUCGUGGGUUCGGCGAAUAGCACUCUCUUUUUUGUUUUGAUUUACUACUCUGCAAAAAUAUGUCAUAAUUUCUAAGAUGUUUAUUUUUACAAUUGUUUUCAGAAACGCAUCAUUAAAUUUUUCGUCGAAGGUAAAUCAGACCUUCAUAUUGAAACACUCAAAGAUACUGAAAUUGUGGAAGAGGACGAAGAAGAACUGGGAUCUCAGGAAUCGCAAACAUCUUCCUUUAUUCUUGAUCCUCUCUCACAAACUAUUGAACAUUCUGAUAAUGAAAGUGUACCUGAUGGUCAAGACUUCCUUGCUUGAAGUUGAUUUAGGUAAUGAUCGUAGAAUUUGUCUGAUUAGUCAGCCUCGAUUCUAAGGAUUUGAAGUAUAGUAUUUGUUAGAGCUAAGGUUUCAUGGAUCAGGAAGCGUUCAAAGCCGGACAGUCUAAAGGUCAAAGCCGUCAGUCUAAAGGUCGUCCGGGGAGAAAGAAUUUAGAAAGAUCAAUUAAUAUGGAAUAAAUCCUAUAGUUUAAGAUUAAAGGUUUUAUAUUUUGGUGUUUUUGUGAACAGUUUUUAUAAAUUUAAGGUUACAAAGCACCUUUGAAUUGUUGAGGUACACAAAUUUUUUUCCGGUUCUGAUUGAAGCUCUUUAGUUAGUAGUUCUAUCAUUUGACCGAGUUUGCUAUAUUCACAUGCAAAUGCAUGGGCGAAGGUUUAUGCUUUGAAUUUGUUGUUUACAUCAGUGUAACUAAUUGUUAUAACAAAUCUCUUUUUCUGUAAUCUCAUUGGUCAACAGUUGUUGCAAUGAAAAAAUCCGCGAAAUCGCUGUAAUAUAUAUAAAUUAGAUUUUCUCGACUACAUUUUUUCAGUCGGUUUAAACGGAUUUUUCUGAAAUUUGCGCAGCAGAAAGUUUUAAGAAUCUCAGCUUAAAAACAUGUCGGGUUUUGUUUUAAUUUUUGAUAUUUGGUGAAUUAUAAGCAAUCAUUCCAAAAAAUCUGAAAUAUAAUAUAGUCCUCAAAGAAAUGUAUAUGACGAUGGCGCAGAAGUGAUUCUCCGCAGAAAGCCACAAAAGUGUCCUGUAAUCUUAAAGACAGGAUAAAUUUAACUAGAGAGACAUAGUUUACAUAUAUAGAAGUAUUGCAGCACAUCAAACUGCCGAGUUACAUGUAGAUUCAAAAAUUGACAAAUUGUAAAAUAGAUAUAGCUAUUCGUUCUGUUUUUAAAUGAAUAAAACAUAAUUAGAAAUCUAGUGAGAGAAGGUAUAAACAGACCUUACAAAACACAGAAUUGCUUGCAAUUUUAAGUUCUGGUUUGUAUAGUAUAGAUCGAGCGUUUGCACAUGACGUCACAGCCGCCAUGUUGAUGUUCCAUUUCAAAAGAAUUUUAAGUAGCCGCCUUUGUCCGGAACUCCAACAUUUCCGCCAUGGCUUUUGUUGAGUCGGUCCCUGGGGAAUGAGUGCAAACGCUCUAUAUGUGAAAUUAAUUUCCAGAAUUUAUUUUAAUAUUGGUAAUUUCGUUUUUCCUUGUUUGACUAAUGAAUGUUGUAAUGUUUACACAUUGCUUUUAUUAUGUCAUCUAUAUACUCUCUAAUUAAUUAUCGAC